UUGGUCGCAAAGCCUCUGUCCUCUCUACUCUCUAGCUUUGCGCAACCAGACCCACUUGAUACAUAUAUGGCCUCUCUCUCUCUCGGCUAUUAUUCUUCCGUGGAGAGAGAAAGCAGAGAGCCAGAGAUUGGAUUAGAAAGAAAACAAAGUGAGAGUAACAAGGUGGGAGAGAGAUGGUGAUGUGGGUAUUUGGGUAUGGUUCUCUUAUAUGGAAAGCUGGCUUCAACUACGAUCAGCGCCUCGUUGGUUUCAUCAAAGACUAUCGCCGUGUCUUCUAUCAAGGUAGUACGGACCACAGAGGGACACCGGAGUAUCCAGGAAGGACGGUGACAUUGGAGCCUGCAGAAGGGGAAGUCUGUUGGGGAGUUGCCUACAAGGUAUCUAAGAAGGAAGAUGAAGAAGUUGCACUAACGUAUUUAGAAGUGAGGGAGAAACAGUACGACAAGAAGGAUUAUCUUGAUUUCUUCACUGAACCCUCAGCUACAACUCCCACUGUUUCUGGAGUAAUGGUGUACAUUGCAUCUCCAGACAAGAAGCUCAAUGGGAAUUACUUGGGGCCUGCUUCUCUUGAAGAUAUUGCCAAGCAAAUCAUUCAUGCUGAAGGCCCUUCAGGACCCAACAGAGACUACCUUUUUCACCUUGAGAAGGCUCUUGUUCAAAUGGGAUGUAAAGACAAACAUGUAAUGGAUCUUGCAAAUGAAGUGAGGCGCAUCCUUUCCCAGGGGGAGCUGACUGCUUCAUGAGGUCAUGAAUACUUGGCAAAAGGCAAAAGGUUUUUAUGAUUUGGAAGCAGUCAUCAAGGUUUAUCUGUUGAAAGAUACUAAACAUAUUGGACUUGAUAAAAAAAAGGCUGGAUACUAAGCAUUGUUGGGACUCAGCUUUUCAUUUAAUAGAGGCCCCUCCUGUUGUUAAACAAUCACUCCCAUUGUAAAAUCUUGUCACUAUUGAGCUUCUGUGCUCGUGCCAAGAGUUAUGCUAGCCACUAGAGACUCCAUUAGGGCAUGAGAAGAAACAUGGACUUCCACCAAAAGCAAGGUGUUGUAAAAUUCCAUUCUUUUUUCUUGCUCACCUCAGUUGUUUCAACAAAUAUUAUGUUGAAUCCAAUAAUUGAUGCUUACUUUUGAUCAUA